AUGGGGAAACUAGACGGUAAAGUUGCUCUUAUUACUGGUGGAUCGGAAGGAAUCGGUCUUGCUACUGCUCAAGAAUUUGUUGCUGAAGGUGCUUAUGUAUUUAUUACUGGACGUCGAAAAGAAAUUCUCGAUGCAGCAGUCGAACAAAUCGUGAUUGAAAAAGAAAAAGGACAAUUACAUAUUGUGUUCGCAAAUGCCGGUAUAUUAGGUUUUGCACCAUUAGGAUCAAUUCCAGAAACACUUUUUGAUGAUAUAUUUGAUGUUAAUGUUAAAGGUCUAUUAUUUACUGUUCAAAAAGCUUUACCUAUCUUGGUUGAUGGUGGUUCAGUUAUUCUUAAUGGAUCUAUAUGGGGGAGUAAAGGUACACCAGAAGCAAGUGUUUACAGUGCAACAAAAGCUGCUCUUCGAUCGUUUGCUCGUUGUUGGACUGUAGAUUUAAAAGAUCGAAAAAUCCGUGUUAAUUGUCUUAGUCCAGGUGGCAUAGAUACUCCUAUGCUAAGAACUGCCGGUGGUACAGAAGAAACUUCAGAAAAAGUUAUGAACUACCUCGCAUCAAUGUCUGUUAUGAAUCGUCUUGGUUACGCAUCCGAGAUUGGUAAAGCAGCUGUAUUUCUCGCUUCAGAUGAUAGUUCAUAUGUAACUGGUAUUGAACUUUUUGUUGAUGGUGGUACAGCACAAAUCUAA